CGGUACCUACUUCCAAAGACCUUACAAGUUCCGUUCAUCGCAACUCGGAUUAUCGGUCACUGAAAAUGAAAAUGUACGCAGUGUUGCUGACGCUGGCGCUGAGUGUCUACUGGAUACGGCCCAUUGAAGGGCAUCAAUUUGUCCGCAAAUUUGAUAUCGAUUUUGAAAAUGACACCUUCACCAAAGACGGCCAACCGUUCCAGUUCAUCUCUGGUUCGUUCCACUACUUUCGUGCCUUGCCUGAAUCCUGGAGACACAUUCUCCGCUCCAUGAGGGCGGCCGGCUUAAACACAGUCAUGACGUACAUCGAAUGGUCACUUCACGAACCAUUGCCGGGACAGUACCGCUGGGACGGGAUUGCUAACCUGGAGGAAUUUAUUACCAUUGCAAGAUCGGAGAAUCUGUUCGUUAUCUUGCGCCCGGGUCCAUACAUUUGCGCCGAACGCGACAUGGGUGGCUUCCCACACUGGUUGCUUACUAAACACCCCAACAUCAAGCUGCGGACUUACGACGCAGACUAUCUUAGGGAAGUUCUAAAUUGGUACAGCCAGCUGAUGCCUCGCAUCACGCCACAUCUGUACGGUAACGGGGGACCAGUGAUUAUGGUGUCGAUCGAAAACGAAUACGGAUCGUUUAGUGCGUGCGAUAAGAAGUAUAUGGAGUUUUUGAAAAAUAUAACCGUGCAUUUUGUGCAAGACAAAGCUGUGCUCUUCACCAAUGACGGGCCGGAGCUGUUGAGCUGUGGGUCGAUUCCUGGAAUUUUACCAACGUUGGAUUUUGGUGCAACGGACGAUCCAAAUGUUUUCUGGAAGCAGCUCCGCAAGUUUAUGCCGAAAGGGCCACUGGUUAACGCGGAGUACUAUCCCGGCUGGCUAACUCACUGGAUGGAGCCGAUGUCACGCGUGGACAGUGGACCCGUGAUCCACACUUUGCGCUUGAUGUUAAACCAAAAGGCGAAUGUAAAUUUCUACAUGUUUUUCGGUGGUACUAACUUCGGUUUUACCGCCGGGGCAAACGAUGUUGGUCCGGGUAAGUAUAGCGCGGACAUUACCUCGUACGACUACGAUGCCCCACUGGACGAGGCCGGUGAUCCGACGGACAAGUAUUUCGAAAUACGAAAAGUACUCAUUGAGUACUUUGGAGAUCCGGGUGUACAGCCACCUGAAAAACUUCCCAAAAUGUCCCUCGACACGGUGUGGCUGGAGCGACGGGGUUCGUUGCUGUCGAAGCAUGGACGGAGGAAGCUUUCGAACCAGAUAGCCGCCUCGUUGGUACCUGUUACAUUUGAAGCGCUCAACCAACGUUCUGGAUUUCUGCUCUACGAAACGACACUACCUGCAGACUGGAACCGGGAUCCUUACACGUUGAAAGUGGAACAAAUUCACGAUCGAGCAUAUGUGCACGUUGAUAACGUUUUCUGUGGUAUUCUCUCGAGAGAGACCAAUGCUCAUACUAUCCCUCUCAGUGUGGGGCUCGGAACUAAGCUGCAGCUUCUGGUGGAAAAUCAAGGACGAAUCAACUAUAACAUUCCCAACGAUUUCAAAGGCAUGUUGGGAUCCGUGAUGAUCGACAACACGCCGCUAAACAAUUGGACGAUUACUAGCUAUCCGCUCGAUAGCUAUCAUUAUAUCGAAAACUUCUUGAAACAUCAACCGCAGGACGAUUUACCUGAAGCCGGGGCGCAGAUUUACUACGGAACCUUCCUUAUAAGCAACGAUACCAUCCACGAUACGUAUUUGUAUCCGAACGAAUGGGGCAAAGGGUUGGUGUUUGUGAAUGGGUUCAACCUCGGUCGCUACUGGCCCUUGGCUGGACCACAAAUCACACUGUAUGUUCCGAGACAUAUUUUAAUGAAAGGUGUUAACAAGCUUGUUAUGAUUGAGUACCAAAAGCGCAUUCAGCAUCCCUACGUGCAGUUUAUCGAUAAGCCAAUAUUUGGCUAGUGACGAAGGCACUUUUAUUUAACCGCCGGCAGGCGAGAAGGGUGAAACUAAAGCAAUAAUAAAUUUCCUUA